AGUAGAGAAACUGGAAUUUUAUUACAUUAAUCGAAGAAGGCUACUUACCUGCACAAAGGCCUACUAUAAAUACAAUAUUAUUAUAAAAACCUAAAUUCUUGAAAAACCCUAAAUUUUGUUAACAAAGUAGAAGUAGUAUUAGCAAAUACGUUAAUGGCUUUAGGAUCCUAAUAGGACCCUCCAAGAUGAGACGACGACAAGAUUUCUGCAAGCAAAAACGAGUUUCAGAGGUCAAAGAGAUCGAAUUGCUCGAAUCAUGGAUCGAAUUCGGGAAACCCGACCCGGGUUCCAACCCGUUAUCGCUACCGCCGUUGCGUUCCGACGGUCCGGUGAUAGGUCAAAUCGACGGGAAGUCCUUCUCUGGGUACGUCGGGUGCAAGAAAUUCAGUGAACUGCCCCUCUCUCGGAAGACAAAAGACGGACUGAGACAAUCCAACUAUACAACCAUGACUCGUAUUCAGAGAGCUGCGAUUCCUCAUGCGCUCUGCGGCCAUGACAUUCUCGGCGAGGCCAAAACUGGCUCCGGCAAGACUCUCGCUUUCAUCAUUCCGGUAUUAGAGAAGUUAUACAGAAUGAGAUGGGGUCCAGAGGAUGGGGUAGGCUGCAUCAUAAUAUCUCCAACAAGGGAACUAGCCAACCAACUCUUUGAAGUACUGAAUUCUGUUGGGAAGCACCACAGUUUUAGUGCUGGCCUCCUAAUUGGUGGCUGCAAAAAUGUGGAUACAGAGAAAGAGCGUGUGAAUGAGUUGAACAUAUUGGUGUGCACUCCUGGCCGGCUUCUUCAGCACAUGGAUGAGACUCCCAAUUUUGAUUGUUCACAGCUUCAGGUUUUAGUCCUCGACGAGGCAGAUCGAAUUCUUGAUGUUGGAUUUAAGAAGGCAUUAGAUGCAAUAAUUUCACAGCUACCAAAUCAUAGGCAAACAUUUCUUUUCUCCGCAACUCUGACCAAGUCAGUUAAGGAUCUUGCAAGGGUCGGAUUGAAGGACCCAGAGUACCUCAGUGCGCAUCUGGAGUCUGUAACUGCCACUCCCAAUCGCUUGCGUCAAACUGCAAUGAUUGUUCCUCUUGAACAUAAGCUUGAUCUGUUGUGGAGUUUUAUAAAGAAACAUCUUAAUUCAAGGAUACUUGUGUUUCUUUCAAGCUGCAAACAGGUAAAAUUUGUUUUCGAAGCAUUUAAGAAACUUCAUCCAGGGAUCCCCUUAAAAUGUCUUCAUGGAAGGAUGAAGCAGGAGACAAGGAUGGAAAUAUAUUCCCAGUUUUGUGAGAAAGAUAAACCUUCAGUUCUCUUCUCGACAGAUGUGGCUGCAAGAGGCCUUGAUUUCAGUAAGUCAGUCGAUUGGGUUGUUCAGGUGGAUUGCCCAGAAGAUGUUGAUACUUACCGACAUAGAGUUGGUCGGACUGCACGUUAUCAUUGUGAUGGGAGGUCGGUUUUAUUCCUGAUGCCUUCAGAGAUUAAAAUGAUCAAAGAACUAGAGGAAAACAAAAUACGCAUAAAACUCUCCCAGGCAAACCCAGAAUGGCUGCGAGCUGUAUCUGAAAAUGUGGCAGCUUUACUAGUCAAGUAUGAUAAUUUGAAGCAACUUGCUCAGAGGGCCUUUAUCACGUACUUGAGGUCUAUCUAUAUUAAAAGAAAUAAGGAGGUUUUUGAUGUAAUGAAACUGCCCAUCGAUGAAUUCUCGGCCUCAUUGGGCUUGCCAAUGACACCAAAAAUCCGAUUUUUAAAGCAGAAAAUCAGGAGCAAAGCAGUCUCCGGAAAACCUUUUCUUCAACCUGAAAUUGGUCUCAAGGAGGAUGAAGUGGAUGAUGCUCUUCUUAUACCAAAGGAGACCCCACACAGAGGGGAAACUCAGACUGGAGAUGCUGUGUCGGCAGCUUCAGGUUUGAAGAAAAAAAAGUUUUCGAUUAAUAUCGACGAACCGAUGGGAAGAAAGUCACGUCUUGACGAGGAAUGCGAUGAGCUUUCCCCACCUUCAGGAUCAGUAGAUAUGAAGAGUGGCAAUAGUCCAGUUCAGCUUGACAUAGACUUGGUAAAUCGGGGAUAUGCCGAGAUGAGGGAAGAGCUGAAACAAGAGGACAAGGAAGACAAGCUCCAAGACCGUAAGCGCCGCAAAGAGCAACGGCUGAAGGAGCGGAUGAAGUGGAAGAGGGAAAGGAAGGAGGAGGAUAUGGAGGGUGAGGAUGAUCUUCCCGAGUCAGAUGGAGAAGCAAAUGGUACACGACACAACAAAAGGAUGAAAUUGCGUUUCAACAGUGACAACGAUGAUGGUGGGAGAAAGAAAGUCAAGGGCAAAUUGGGUAUGAAUGCUGACUCUGUUUCUUUGGCAGAUCAAGAGAAACUGGCUCUUAAAUUAUUGAGUUCCAUGCACUCGUAGAUUGUUAAGCUAUGAACUUUUUUAGUUUAGUCUCAGGUUUAUUGUUGACAAAUCCAGUAUGUUUUGGUCAGAAAAUUUUGCUUUUCCUGGCUAAUGCAUUUUAUAUGUAGAAUAAUUUCUUUAUUCAUCUAAAGUACCUUUGGUAGCAAAUUUUGGAUAAAAUUUGUGAAUGUCAGUUUGCCGCAUACUCUUCAGAGUAGAGAUUUUAUCAGAUGGUGUUCUUUGGUUUUUAUGUAA